AUGACAACGCCACGAGCGGUAUGGCGAUCUGUAAUCCAAUACCGAAACUUUCAUCAGCCCCGGACCCUCGGCCACGAGUUUGGGUGGGCUGUACCGCGGGAUGUGCCCCUUGAGACUCGCUCCGCCUAUAGAGGACUCCUGCGUGCAGCAAGCUACCUCCCAGAUUCUGUCGCCAGAAAAUAUGCCUACGACAGGAUCAAGGCUCGGUUCCGAGCCGGUCGCGACAAGUCCAAUGCUCGAUCCCGCGCAAACCCUGACGUUAAAGGACCAACACGUCUCGAUCGGGGACGAUUGCGGAAGGCCAUAGCUUCGAAAAACAUGUUGGAAAAUGCAAGCAAUGGGGACUUAGAUGCUCUACAAAAGGUCUUGAUGUUUGUGUACGGGAGGCAGGGUGAGAGGAAAAGGGAGCUUCUGAAGACCCUGUUGCAUCCCCGAGAUGGCAACACCACGAAUAUUUCGGCCAUGCAGCAGAUGGUCGACAAUGGAGGGGGCAGUGCAAUUGAAUUCCGGCCAGAUGAGAAGCUGUACAAGUUCAUCAGGAGUCAGCAGGAAAACCAGCCGAUCGAAGCGGUGAAGCAGAAGAUCAGACAGGUCAACGUCAAGAUACCGAAGGAGAGCUUGUGGGGACGCCCAGUACCACUUAGAUUGCAGAAAUCCACGCUGAACCGGUGGUGGGCUACUACGCUCGAGAAACUAUUGCCGCCUAUACCUCGAUGCGAAUGGGAGCGGCUACGAGACCUUGCGACGUCCGUCGUGCCUUUGGAAAAACCACCUCCUCGACGGAAAGCACCCCCGGGACCACCUGAGCUCGGAAUUGAUUGGGUCCUUCGCUUCAAACCCGGCGAUUGGAUCUGUGUCUCGGAGACAUGCCGACACCACAAUCCUGCAGCGAGAACCAAUUGCCGCAAGUGUCACUCUUCGCCCGCAACAGGCGAAACCGAAGCACCUCCCUUCUUCAUGUCCGGUCCGGUAGCUAUCAACAGGAAUGCUAUCCUUGAAGUCGAGAAAUGGGAGCGGAAGGCUAAAGAAGCAAAUAUGCUCAUAACAUCGAGGCGAGCGGAGGCACCGGAAGCAGAAGCGGGGGAAGCCAAGAUGAAGGAAACGUGGUUCAGGUCCCGAUCUAUGCGGAGGCUAUACGCUUCUGUCUGGAGGUUCACGUCGACCAUGGAGUACGAUGCCGAGACCAAGAAGAUGGUUGUCGAUUGGGGCGGGCCCAAGGCUGCAGCUUAUGCUGGGGAAAUUACAAAGCCUACCGAGGAGGACCUGGAACUGCUUGAAGGCGUGGAAGAGUACCAUCAGGAGGGUGUGACCGACAAGGAGCAAAAUCUACAGGAGGUGAGCCGUCGAAGACGAUGGUUGGAUGAGGUGCGUUCGCAAAAUCUUGGCAACCGAAAGCCGUUGAAGAUAAUCAGAGCGUCCUCAGCAUGA